AUGGAUUCCGCAGCUCCUGUUGAUCCUUCAUCGACGGUAAACUCUGCCGAACUCUCCACCAUUCCGAAUGGCGGGACAGAGCCAGACACUUUGAGAGGCAGGUUUUCCAGUUUGAUUGCCAACGCUAUGGAGAACAAUCCCUAUUUUGCUGCUGGUGGUGGUCUGAUGAUUCUAGGUACAGGCCUCGCUGUUGCCAGAUCAGGUAUCAUCAAGGCAAGCAGCCUGAUCUACAGGCAAAUGAUAGUGGAUUUGGAAAUACAGUCGAAAGAUAAAUCAUAUGCCUGGUUCCUGCAAUGGAUGUCAAAACAUCCCCACAGAAUCUCGAAACAUUUAUCUGUUAGGACUAACUAUGUACAGCACGAUAAUGGUUCAGUGACGACCAAGUUUGCGCUCGUUCCGGGUCCCGGCAACCAUUGGAUAAGAUACAAAGGCGCCUUUAUUAGGAUCACGAGGGAACGUUCUGCGAAGAUGAUUGAUCUGACGAAUGGGUCCCCGUUCGAGAUCGUCACGCUAACCACUCUGUACCGAGACAGGUUUCUCUUCGACGAGAUUCUGAACGAGGCCAAGAAUAUAGCAUUGAAAAGCGCCGAGGGUAAGACGGUCAUAUACACUUCCUUUGGCCCUGAAUGGAGAAAGUUCGGCCAACCCAAAGCCAAGAGGUUGUUGCCCUCGGUCAUCCUAGACAAAGGCAUUAAAGAAGACAUUCUAUCGGACGUGCACGAUUUCAUGCGGAACGGAAAAUGGUAUUCAGACAGAGGCAUCCCAUACAGAAGAGGGUACUUACUGUACGGUCCACCGGGAUCCGGCAAGACAAGUUUCAUCCAGGCGCUAGCGGGUGAGCUAGAUUACAACAUCUGCAUUCUCAACCUGUCAGAGGGCAAUCUGACCGACGAUCGAUUGAACCACUUAAUGAACAACAUGCCAGAGAGAAGCAUUCUGCUCCUGGAAGACAUAGACGCCGCCUUCAAUCACAGAACGCAGUCCGGCGAGACAGGCUUCAAAUCAAGCGUGACCUUCAGCGGUCUGCUAAACGCGCUAGACGGCGUCACCUCCUCAGAAGAGACUAUAACCUUCAUGACCACCAACCAUCCAGAGAAACUGGACCCGGCCAUCAUGAGACCGGGCAGAAUCGACUACAAAGUCUUCGUCGGAAACGCCACGCCUUACCAGGUCGAAAAGAUGUUCAUCAAGUUCUACCCAGGCGAAGAAGCGCUAUGCAAAAAGUUCGUGCAAGCCACUGCGAACCUAAAUGUACAAAUCAGCACAGCUCAGCUCCAAGGACUAUUCGUAAUGAACAAAGACAGACCCAAAGACGCCCUAGAGAUGAUAGAUACGCUAAGACACUCCAGUCACGUGAUCUAA